AGAGAGAGACAGAGAGAGAGAGAGAGAGAGAGAAUGGAGGAGGUGGUGGUGAUAGUCGGAGCUGGCCCGUCAGGGCUCGCCGUGGCGGCAUGUCUCACUUCGCACUGCAUCCCAAAUAUAAUUCUGGAGCGCGACGACUGCAUCGCGUCUAUCUGGCGCAAGCGCUGCUACAACCGCGUAACCCUCCACCUCGGCAAGCAGUACUGCGAGCUUCCCCACGCGAAGCACCCGCCCGCCACCCCGACGUUCAUCCCCAAGGACGAAUUCAUCCGCUACCUCGACGACUACGCGUCUCGCUUCCAGCUUCGCGUCCUGCUUCGCCGCAACGUGGAGUCUGCGGAGUUCGACGCGGCCGCCGGGAGGUGGCGCGUUGCAGCGAGGAAUCUGGACUCGAGCGUUGCAGAGGAGUACCUGGCGAGGUACCUCGUGGUGGCCAGUGGGGAGAAUGAUUGCAUGGUGGUACCGGAGAUUCCCGGUCUGGAUGGGUUCGACGGGCCGGUUUUGCACUCGUGUCGGUACCGGUCCGGUUCCGACUUCAAGGGGAAGAAUGUCCUGGUGGUUGGCUGUGGGAAUUCUGGGACGGAGAUUGCUUUUGAUCUGGCUGACUCUGGUGCCAAGACCUCUAUCGUGGUCAGAAAUCAGGUUCAUCUAGUAACGAAGGAGAUAUGGCUGUUUGGUAUGUUCAUCAUGAAAUUUUUGCCAUUACAUUGGGUGGACAUGAUUGUUCUUUUUCUCUGUUAUAUCGUGUUUGGAAAUACAUCCAAGUAUGGCAUACAUAGACCAACCAAGGGCCCCAUGUAUUUGAAAGCAAACAGCCCAAUCUAUCCUGUUGUCGAUGUCGGUGCAUUCAAGAAAAUAAAAUCUGGAGAAAUUCAGGUUCUGCCUUCAAUAGCUAACAUAAAAGGCAAUAGUGUGACAUUGUCGGAUGGAAAGCAGUAUCAUUUUGAUGCCAUAAUUCUUGCUACAGGCUAUAGAAGUGCAAUAAAAACAUGGCUCAAGAGUGAUGAUUACCUAAUUGGUGAUGAUGGAAUGGCUAAGCAAAAAUUUCCAGAUCACUGGAAAGGGAGAAAUGGGCUUUACUGUGCAGGGCUUCUAAGAAGAGGAAUUUAUGGGUCUGCUGAGGAUGCAUUUAGUAUAGCUAAUGACAUUAGUAAAAGCUAUCAAAUUGACCAAGGCCAAACAUUGGAGAAGGUGCCAAAGCCUGCAAAAGUGUAACAUGGAUUCAUCAAGUUGACUGCUUGCAACAGUCUUAUCUUUUUAUCCUGAAUAAGUCUUGGGCCAGAUGUUGUGUCAACAAUAAGACAUUUAUUUUGUGAUGUUCCAUUUAGCCUCAUCAAAAUAAAUAUUUUGUUGGUGGAGCAUGUUGCUA